CUCUGUACCUGUGGACUGAGAAAACCCUCUGAAAGCUCUUCACUCGAUCCACGAAGUUGCGUAUAGGGUGAGCUUUGUUCUUUUCCUCGGUAAGUUUCCUCUUCUGCAUCCUGCCCUUGAUCUUCUCUACAAUCCCUGAUUAUCUCAAGCUUGGCCACGUUUAUUUACCCGCUAAUUUUAAAAUCUGAUUUAAUUUCUCUCAUUCCUAAUUUGGUUGCCGGAACCAUGCCUGCAAAAUAUUGGCAUGGGGAUAUUUUUGCCCCAAUCGUUCUUUCCUGUUAGAUGAUGCAUUCAAGAAUGUAUCAUUGUAGUUCGUACAAGCGAAUACAAUUUGCUCAGUUCUGCUCUGGUAAACGGGGAUAACUUAUUUUCAUGCUUUUUAAGUUAUGGGUUUGCAGUUUUCUUCCUGUGGGGUAAGGAGUUGCAUAGUACAUAUACAUUCCGGCGCAAGAAGGCAAACCCACACUUUGCAUGUAAGCAAUGAUUGGUGUGGACGUUCAGAUAUGUUAGUGUUAUCUUAGGCCUACCUGGCAGAAUCAGCUGGCUGGUCAUUUCCAAAAGAGUUCUUGAUAUAUGGUUUGGAGUCUGCAGAUAUAACGUUAAUACCGAUAUAUCUGUGUGAAGAGUAUUGAGUUUUUUUUUUGGGACCAUGCCUCGUAAGGUGAAUUAUGGACUUGACUAUGAUGAUGAUUACGAUGACUAUGAAGAGUAUGAUUAUGAUGUUGAAAUAGAAGAAUAUGGAGAAGAACCUGAACCUGAUAAAAAGCAAGAGACUAAAGGGCUUUGGAGGUGCUCUAUUUGCACUUACGACAACGAAGAGAGCAUGAUUGUAUGUGAUAUUUGUGGUGUUGUGCGUCAUCCUUAUGUUAACACGGGAGCUUCUGACAAUAGCAAAACAGGCACGGUUGCUGACACUAGGAGUUCUUACGUUUCAUCAAGUAUAAUGCAGAACAAUGAAUUGAAAGUACAGUCAAAUGGUGAAAGUUCAGCCAGCUCAUCAUCUUCGGUUCAGAAGGGCAAGGGGGAUAGUUUCAAGCUCUCUAAUGAUGUAGCAUUUGAUCAAAAAAUAAGUCAUAAAACUUCAGGCAGCUUACCAGCAUCUUCUGCCAUGGGUGAAAGUAAAAUGAGUAAAAUCAAGUCUACCCAUGAUGGCAAAAUUGAUAUUCAAUCUAGUGAAGAAUUGUCAGAUAGUUUGUCUGCACUGAUGAAAGUCAGAGACAGUCAUGGUGAAAUUUAUUCUUCUUCUAGCAAAGAUGUCAGACCUCAAAGGAGUUCUGACAACAUGGCUGUUGAUGUAAGAACUAAAAAAUCAGAUAAUACUAUUUCUAAAGCACCACAUCCACAAGUGCCUUAUAAACCAGAAAAAUGGAUGCUCCCUCAGCAAGCUGAAGAUACCUUGACACAGCUGAAUCUUGCAGUUGUUGGUCAUGUUGAUUCUGGGAAGUCAACACUGUCAGGCAGACUACUACAUUUGUUGGGACGAAUUACACAAAAAGAAAUGCACAAAUACGAAAAGGAGGCCAAGUUACAGGGUAAGGGAUCCUUUGCUUUUGCUUGGGCACUGGAUGAAAGUUCUGAAGAAAGGGAAAGGGGAAUAACGAUGACAGUAGCUGUUGCAUAUUUUGACACCAACAAAUAUCAUGUUGUUGUGCUCGACUCCCCGGGCCAUAAAGAUUUUGUUCCAAACAUGAUUUCUGGGGCAACACAAGCUGAUGCUGCAAUUCUUGUUAUUGAUGCAUCAGUUGGUGCAUAUGAAGCAGGUAUGGAUAGUGGCAAAGGACAAACAAGGGAGCAUGCACAACUUAUUAGAAGUUUUGGUGUUGAUCAAGUUAUUGUGGCAAUAAAUAAGAUGGAUGUUGUGGGAUACUCUAAAGAUCGGUUUGAUUUUAUUAGACAGCAAUUGGGAGUGUUUCUCCGUACAUGUGGUUUUAAAAAUUCUUGUGUGUCAUGGAUUCCCUUGAGUGUUGUAGAAAAUCAAAAUCUGGUGGCAUCUCCUUCUGAUGUUCGUUUUAAAUCUUGGUAUAAAGGACCCUAUUUGUUAGAUGCAAUUGAUUCACUUCAACCUCCAAUUAGAGAAUUCUCAAAGCCGCUGCUAAUGCCAAUAUGUGAUGUUAUCAAGUCCCCUACACUUGGUCAGGUCUCCGCAUGUGGUAAAUUGGAAGCUGGAGCUCUUCGGAUUGGAUCAAAGGUCUUAGUCAUGCCUUCAGCUGUUUUGGGGACAGUUCGCACAUUGGAGCGUGAUUCUAAUGCUUGCACUAUUGCAAGAGCUGGAGAUAAUGUAGCUGUCGCGUUGAAUGGUGUAGACGCAAGUCAUGUGAUGCCAGGAGCAGUAUUAUGCCAUCCUGAUUUUCCUGUUAAAGUUGCAAGUCAUUUGGAGUUGAAGGUGCUUGUGUUAGAGGGUGCAAAUCCCAUAUUGGUAGGAUCGCAGAUAGAGUUUCAUGUACACCACGCCAAGGAGCCUGCGAGAGUUUCAAAAAUAUUGUCAAUACUUGAUCCUAAGACUGGGGAGGUGACAAAAAAGUCCCCCCGCUGUCUCAUUGCAAAGCAGAGUGCAGUAGUUGAGGUAAUUUUGCAAGAGCCAGUAUGUGUGGUAGAAUCCUCUAGCUGCAAAGCUCUUGGAAGGGUGUCUCUAAGAGCAUCAGGAAGGACAAUUGCUGUUGGACUUGUGACCCGAAUAAUCGGAGAGCAAGAGUGAUGUAUGGAAUUAUUCACAGCAUUAGGCUAAGACGACAAUGAGAGAUUCUAAGCACUCGUGGCAUAUUGGCAGAUCACGUGUGAGGUUUCAGUUAUCGUUUUGGUAGCUCUAUGACAAUUGGAGGGGUUCAUGAACUAAUACUGGAACUGGGAAUGACGCAAGAAUGGUGAAGAUUUUUGAGUACUUUUCACCAUAAAUGUAUCAUAGGCCUCGUAAUCAUGUGCCGUAACAAAUAGUCUUGUGAAAAACAAUGCAAGGCUCUUCAUUUUUUUUUUAUUGUCCAGUAUUUAUUUUUCAUCAUUGUUAUUGUAUUUACUUCUUGUCGUGACUGGGUGUAGAAAUGGUUCGAGUAUAUCGAAUUCUGGCCGGUUAUUUUGAUUUCAUUUAUCAAGUCAUCAUGCGGUGUA